AUGAGUGAGUCAUGUAGUUCGUGGUACAACGGAGGGAUCAAAGGUGGCAGAAUUCACGGGUUAUGGCCUGGCAGUGCUGCGCAUGUGGACUUGGUCCGGAAAGACCCUCGAUGGGAAGAUUUCAGCUACACGUACAAUAAUCCUCAAGGAAACAGAUUUGGGUGGUUGGGGAAUGGAUGGACGAAGAAGGAUGUGGCGGCGGCAAAUGGUGAAGCUCCUUCUGACGUAGAUCUCACACCUUGGCUUGAAAAGGAAGCCUUCAGUGGGAAUGUUGAUCUACGCAGUUACCACGAGAAGUGGUGGAUUAGUUGA